UCUCUUGAUAUAUCAACUCGUAUAUAUAUUUAAGGAAUUGUUACAAUUCAACCAUAACUUCUGAUAUCAAAUAAUCGAAGAAUGACUUUGUUAUAAAUUUCGAUAGUUGGGAAGUGUUCCGUCAAUCCAUGCACCCACUGGUGCCACAGCCCUAUCUUAUCUGGGGAAACUUUGGACACUAGGUCAUCAACAUCCUUCAACAUCUUCACCCUUUAAAUCCACAAUCAUGCGAAACUUACCUGCUCUAGUUCGCGAGAAAUUCAAAGCAGCUCAAGCUGCUGGCGAUAUCACCUAUUUCCAGACUCAAUUGACCAUUUUGCAUUGCAAUUCGCUGCCGUUUCAAUUGCGAUAUUCUCCAGCGUUGGCACAUAAACCUAAGACCGACAAGCCCAAAGAUACCUCUCAAAAGCCAUUCAAUCCAUUUCUGAAACCGUCUCCGUCGUUGCUUGUAACAGAGUUUGGGUCGCACAACCUCGUACUUAAUAAAUUUCCUGUCAUACCGGAUCAUUUCAUUCUUUCAACGAAAGAGUUCAAAGAACAGACACACUUGUUGGAGGAAGCUGAUCUUGUGGCGGCAUACAAUUGUUUAAAGUCAUACCAUGCGGAAGGAGAAGAAUUGUUUGGAUUCUUCAAUUCGGGGGAAUACUCGGGAGCGUCGCAGCCCCAUAGACACAUCCAAUUCCUUCCAGUUGAAUCGAUGAGAGCAGGACUAGAGAAAGAGUUGGAAUGGUCUCCAUUGAUCGACAGUCUCGUUGACACACCCGCGCCAGAGCUCCCAUUCACAUACUUCGCCGCGUCUUUCAAAAGCAAUGUUCAACCGUCAGAUUUGCAUGCAACCUACUUAGAAUUGCAUCAGAAAGCUUGUCAGCUGAUGAAAACUAUGCCUUCUCAAGACCACAAAGAAGAGUCGCCCAUCAGCUACAACUUGGGACUUACCAAUAAAUCCAUGGUAUUAUGUCCACGAACGUCGGAGGGGCUUGAGAUCAAGAAUGUUGAUGGCAAAAUCAUCGGAUCUGUUGCUUUGAAUGGCACUCUUCUAGCGGGUACACUACUAGUUAAGAGUGAGAUUGAAUGGGAUGCCGUUCGUAAGGACGAGGGAAUACUUGUGAAUGUUCUUAAGACGAUAGGAGUACCUCUGCAUAAUACAGUUGAUUCUCAACAUACAAAUUCUGGUACUUUCGAUAAACCAUUAGACGGAAAGAUAUAAAAUGGAUUUGAUACAGGCUAAGAUAUCUGUUUAUUAAACCAUAGUCAUAACACAAAGCCAGCCCAGCAUUACCUUUCUACUUGGACG